UCAGGGGAUCCCAGUUAUGUUAUAUGUAAUGAAUUAAUUUGGACAACAAAAAACCGAGCCCAAACAAUGGCUUUAAACGUUGUUUUGAAGCUCGUCUCAUCGAACGUCCGUCAUGAAGCGACAUUCAAGGUCAGGGAGUCUCGGCAACAUAGUCGAUUUACCAUCAGAAAAAAUAAUCGAGAACGGAAAUGUUAAUUCGAGUCCAAAGAAAAGAAAAGGAAAGUUUUCCAUCAUAAAAGAAUAUUUGAUCGACUACACUGCUAAUUCAAAUUUGCAUGGCCUAAGAUAUAUUGGAGAAAAACAGCGAACCGCCGUCGAAAAAAUAUUCUGGCUAUUUAUGUUCAGUUCGAGCGUUAUUCUUUGCUCUGUGUUGAUUCGUAAAGUAUGGAUCAAAUGGAAUGAAAGCCCAGUCAUCGUAAGCUUUGCGGAAACAUCCACUCCAGUUUGGCAGAUACCUUACCCUGCAGUGACGGUCUGUGUCGAAACAAAAGCAAAGCAAACUCAGUUUAACUUUACCGACUAUUACCACCUUUAUAAUAACGCCAGUGCAAAUCUUACAGACGAAGAGCGCUUUUUAUUUGAAGACGUAAGUUUACUCUGUGAUGACCAUUUGGCACCACCUAAUGGCCGGAAAUUUUCCAUAGUCAAUGAGACAAUUGAAAACUUAAGAGGGCUAGCUCCAAAUAUAUCUGAAAUGUUCUUUGCGUGCAGAUGGAAGGAUAUUUCGAAAGAUAACUGUUCAGAUUUGUUCUCAACCAUUAUCACCGAAGAAGGUUUCUGCUACACGUUCAAUAGUCUCGGCGCUGAAGAACUGUUUAGGGUUGAACAUUUGCAUAAAGACUAUAACUACCUAGAAUACAGCAAUAGGAACGAAUCUUGGUCACUCGAGGGCGGCUAUCCUCCGAACACUCCGCUUGAAACUUAUCCUCAUAGAGGCUCUGGAUACGGAGCCAAGGCUGGAUUGACAUUUUUACUUACCACCAAACAAACAGAUUUGGAUUAUCUGUGCAAAGGUCCGGUACAGGGAUUCAAGAUUCUUCUUCACAACCCAGCAGAGCUUCCCCGUCUUUCCCAACAAUACUUUAGAUCUCCUCUCUCACAAGAAGUUAUUGUUGCUGUUAAACCUAAAAUGAUGACCACCUCCGAAGGUUUGAGACCGUACGAUCCUCACAGACGGCAAUGCUAUUUUCCGAGCGAGCGCUACCUCCAUUAUUUCAAAGUGUACACACAAGCCAAUUGUGAAAUGGAGUGCUUAACCAACUUUACGUUUGCGAGGUGCGGUUGUGUACAUUUUGGGCUGCCACAUGGCCCGGACAUGGCCGUCUGCAACGCCGGCAGCGUGGCCUGCUUAAAGAUGGCACAAAUGGAGCUAGUGACGAUCGAAAUAAAAUCGGGUCUGUCAAGCGACGAGAACUCCAACGAUACGUUGGGCGACGCGCGCAAAGUAGCCGCGCGCUGCGAGUGUCUCCCCGCGUGCACGUCCAUUGAGUACGAGGCGGAGACGUCGCAGGCGGACUACGACUGGAUGGCCAUCUUCAGGGCGCACCAUAUACCGGCCGACAACAUUGAUCCUGAUCUUCUCUAUGCUCGGGUCAUGAUAUUCUUCAAGGAAGCUCAAUUCAUAACAUCGCGAAGGUCAGAGCUCUACGGCCAAACCGAUUUUCUGGCUAACUGUGGUGGACUGUUGGGUCUUUUCAUGGGCUUCUCUAUAUUGAGCGUUGCUGAAAUAUUAUACUUCCUUUCAUUAAGGCUAUGCUGUGUUAUUUGGCGCAAACAGCACAAAAGACACAAGGUUGAAAGCAAUGGAGUGGACCCUAAACCUGCAAAAAUGAAAUACACGGAUUAAUUUCAUUAUUACCUACUCUCCAAAUGUGCACGAUAUUUUCAAUAUAUUUUUACUUUUCAUGAGGAAAAUUAUACGCAUGUUAAUAUAAAUUUUUAUUGUACUUCAUGUUUCCUAUGAUUAAUAAAAGAUUUAAAGUUUA